AUGGACUCGAACCCUGCCAGCUCUGCUCUGGUCCCCCUCCUGCUCCUUCUGGCCGCGCCAGCCCCCGGCGGCUGCUGCUCCUUCGAUUUUAACCCCGUCAGCAGCACCUUCAGCACCCACCUGAACAAGCUGACCCCCUGGCUGCUCCUCGACUACCCUGUGGCGAUGCCCAGCAACUUGGAGCCGGACAGCGGCUGCUCCCCUCUGUGGGGGCUUCACUACGGGGCGGCGGCGCUGCGGCGCAUGCUCGGGGUGGCGGGGGAGGGCCUGGCCCCCCUGCUCAGCACCUUCAUCGCCCACCUCAGCUUCGUGGCCGAGUGCCACAUCCAGGACCCUCAGGGCUGUGUCCGGCUGGAGACGGUGAACGUGUCGCAGCUGCUGGAGACCCUCGGGCAGCACCUGCGGGAGCUCCAGGGGCGACCCCUCCACUUCCCUGGCUGUGCCCACCUGCGCUGCCACCCAGACCCCCCCAGACUGACCACCCCCACAGUGCAGCUCGAGGGGACCCUGGGGGCCAGGCAGGGCCCCCCCCACCCCGGCAGCCACGGGCUGGCACUGCUGGGGGGGCUUGGGGGCACCCUGAGCCUGGCGGCGGCAGCCUGGGUGCUGUGGAGGCGGCCCUGUGCCCAGGUGAGGGCACUGGGGGGCACUGGGGGCAGGGAGGGCACUGAGGAUGCUGGGGGGCGCUGGGGGCGCGGGGGACACUGGGGGCACUGGGAGGAUGGGAGGUGCUGGGUGUGUUGGGGACACUGGGGGCGCUGGGGGUGUUGA